AUGGCUUUGCCCGAUCUUGAAGAUCAUUUGGCAGAGAAUGGCGUGGAUCCUGCUUUAUCGUCUCAUUUGAUUUCAGGUGGCUGGAACUCACAAAACUUUUCAGCCAUAGUGGAUUCCAAAGCAGGAUUUACAGAUGACAUCUGGGCUGAAAUCUCAGAUCACCCGAUUCCCCUGGUUCAGCGUGCAAACUUGAAAGUAGCGUGGCAGCGUCUUCAACCGGAGACUGUGUCUACGGUGCGUGAAUCAACAGAUGGAGCGGCAGCACCAUCAGCGGGUGUCUCGCAGGAGGGUUCUUGGGCGGAGUCGUUUGCUCCCAAGAUUCAAUCCUCAACAGUUUCAAAACUCAAGAAGCAAUUUUUGGAAGAUUAUCCUAGUGAAGUUCUUACGAUGGAGACCAUGCCAUCGACCAGACUAUUAUCGCUUGCACACCAUCAGCAUUCCAAACAGGAAUACCGCUGGAUUCCCUGGAAAUUCCGAAUGACACAAUCCAGAAUGGAAGAUAUGGUCAUUUAUCAACGCCCAAAGAUCCCGAAAAUUGAAGGUCUUCAACUCCAUCAAUUAAUUUGGGAUGAGCCUCCAUCCUUGGACAUCAACAAUCAAGGUAUGGGCGUGAACGCCAUCCGCAACAUGCUGGAGGUGCAUAACACUGCGUUAGCUCUGGUAGGGGCCUGUCAUUUGCAACGACUUCGAGCUUACACCUUGAAGUUCAUGGGGUUCCUCACACAACGCCUGGACUCCGACUCGGGACUCAGGCCACCGAACGUCCUGGAAUCUCAAGCAGCUGACAAAGCCCUCUGGCAAAUGAUUCAUGACUUGGUGAUUGACCAGAAAUUUACGUUGGACAAUGCUUUGCAUGAAGUGACCCACCUGCGAUCAGAUAUGGCUUCUCUACUCCAACCUCGGCCGAAGAUAUCAGUUCGUCCAACAUCCACAUCCAGCUCUACUGCGGCCCCAGUGUCGGCCAAAGGUCGUGGGAAAUCCAAAGGGAAGUCAAAACAGGGGGGAAAAAAGGGCGACACCACUUCUCGUCCUACUUGGGUCACCGAAGCCACUGUUCAAGGCAAACGACAUCAGCUCUGCAUGCAAUACCAAUCCGGGAGAUGUCAGAAGGGAUCUUCCGGUCCAUUGGAAGCGGCCUUGGACCUUACACCCGAUAUGCUGCAUGAUCACACGGAUGGAUUUUGCCUGAACCUUCAGAGGCGGUUUUGGGCGGAAAUUUUUGACGACCACAGCGGUGGUGCUGAGAGCUCAGUUGUGAAACAGCUUUUAUUGCACAGACCUACUGUUGUUGACGAGCCACCAGGAGCACCGAGACAGCAUGUGGGAGGUGGCCAUACGUCCGUGGCACAGCAGUGCAGUGACAUGGAAAGUUCAAAGGAGGGGGCAACCAUCAAACAGGCACCAACGCUGACCGUGGAGCACCUCAGGCUAGUGCACUCAGCUGUCCAGUCGGAAUCAGACCCAUGGAAUGUUGCGUUCUGUGGCAUGGUGGUCGGACGCCAAACAUUCUCAGUUUUUGGAAUGGGACAUGGAUACAGAUGGCAACAUUUGCUUUGGCUCGUGCAGAUUUUGGAUAUCGAGGACUUGGGUUGUUUUACAUUGAUGCCAGCUCCAGAUGAGGGAGGGGUGGCAUCUGUCAGACCACUUUCUACUGCAGAGGUUAUCACGCAGACCAAGUCAGAAUGGCGCUUAGAUACAGCAGGGAUGCAGCAUCCAGGCCUCUUUGUGUUUUGGGGGAAUGCUUGGCUGCGAUCAGAGGAGGGCGUUUCCGUCCUGAUGAGACAAGGAUGGCUCAAAGGCAUUAUGGUCACAAAGCGGUUGAGGACAUUCAGUGACCUGGGGUUUGCAGUUGGAACUCCCCAAGCGCCAGCGGCACCAGCAGACUUUGAUGGGUUCCGCAUUCAGCUGAACGGUGGCACAGAUAUGACCAUGUCGGAGGUCACCCUUGACACCAACGUCGAAGGAAGCAGGAAGCUACCAGCAGCAAAGAAGCAAGCCAGGCUUCAGCAACAGCAGGUGGCUGCUAAGAAGGAGAAGUCUCAGGUGCUGCCCAUUGAACAACAGACUGUAAAAGUUACAGCGGCUGAAGCCGCGCUGAAAGCUGACAACAAUACGGAGCUACAGCUUCGAUGGUGUUUUCAGCGCCGGGGGGAUGCCUUAGAUCGAUGCCGAUUGGUUGAAUGGGGCCUGCAUCAAAGAUGGGUGCAGUAUUUGCUGGGUUUGCUGUCAAAACCUGCGCCAGACGGGUAUGCAAAGAGCAAGCUGGAUGUUUCUAUACCUGUGCCGGUUCACGCCACUGUGAAAUCAGCGCCUUCACCCUCUGGUGCUGCAGCCGCCAACAGUGGUGGCAAGAAUGGUGCGAAAGCACAAGGAAAAGUACGCAAAGAGGGGAAGCAGAGCCAGCGUGCCAAAGCACUCUGUCCCACGAGAUUAAAGACUUUAAGCAGGUUGAAGGAACAGUUUUUCAUCGAGUUGUUAUGUCGGCCUUGCCUAGAGGCAAGCGGUACAAACCACUGGUGUCUGAACAUGGGUCUUACUAUGCAGCGUGCAUGCGAGCACGAUCGAAUGCCCUACAGAAUGAUGGCACGGGGACUCAUCAGGGCCAUUCUUCACCAGCUGGUGGACGAUCGUAAUGAUGAAGAGCUGGUGAGAGGGGGCAUAAAUGCUGCAGUUGGGUCGGUGGAAAAGUACAGGGUUCAUGCCAUGGAUGAAUGUGCGGCCUUCCUUGCUUACAUGGUUGAUUACAUGCAGAGUGGCCACAGCGUUGAGGGCGUUUCUGGCCGCAUUUUUGACUUGAAACAUGCGUAUAAGCAGUACGGUAUCUCCUCCCAAGACAGAGAGGUCAUCAGGGACUCCCUGAACUCCAACACGUCCAAGACGGUGGAGACGCUGUUUGAUCUGCUGGGUGUUGAUUUCGCUAAAGAAGGCGACAAAGCUGGAAAGUCUGCAAAGAAGUUUAAAAGCCUGGGAGUGGAAAUAGAUCUUCAGUGUUUUGGUUCUGGAGUGAUCCCCAUGGGCCACACCCAAGAUAGGAAGGAGGAACUCAGUUCGGUCUUGAACGGGAUUCUCAAAGAGAAGGCCAUCAACACCAAACAGGCAGAAUCCUUGCGUGGACGACUUCACUGGUUCAAGUCAUUUGCUUUUGGAAGGGUUGCAAACAGCCCUGUUAAAGCGCUGGGUGACCCUGCUUUGAGUGGCAAAAGGCGGGUGGAGCUUUCUGCAAAAGAUGUUUCAGCCUUGCAGUUCCUAUGCGAAAGGGUCUUGAUUGCGCCACCACUUGCCAUAAGCCCUUCAUGUUUACAGUCGUGGGUCAUUUUCACAGAUGGGGCCUGCGAAGGACAAGAGGGCUUGAAGACAGGUGGCAUUGGCGGGGUGCUAAUCAACCCGAGUGGCAGUAUAGUUUCUUUCUUUGGAGGCGAAGUCUCUGCCGAACUUAUGGGCGUUUGGUUAUCCAAAUCCAAAACCCCCAUUUACGAGAUGGAGGUCCUUCCCGUGGUGGUGUCAGCAUGGUUAUGGGGACAGCAGAUGCAGUCCUCCCAGUUCUGCUGGUAUCUUGACAACGAGGCUGGAAGGUCAGCAUACAUCAAGGGCCACGGGGCCACGAUGGUAGCAGCUGAAUUGGUGAAUGACUUCACAAACGCAGAAAUGCAGCGGCUGUUGAAGUCAUGGUUUGCAAGGGUACCUUCUCUUUCCAAUUUGGCGGAUUCACCAAGCCGACUGAAAGACGAUUUUCUUCUUAGUCUGGGUGCGGUGAAAGGGCCAUGUGACUGGAUGGCAGUGGGGAAACUUCUUGGGCUGUGUGUCUCAGUGGGGGACAGAACGGCAGCAACCAAUUGCGAUUUCCCCCAGUGCACCAGUUGA